AUACGGUGGAUGGUGUGGUCGGCAUCCGCCAAAACAAUCACAGAUUUCAAAUGAGCUAUGGCAUGUAUUAGCAAGGUCAACAGAGGCAUCUUGUCGCAAUGAACUUUUGCAAGUCUACUGUGCAUAUAAUCUGAAUAAAACUGGUGGAUGUGUACCACCUAUGUAUCUACGGAAGCCAAAGAGUGGUUCAAAACUUCGGCCCGGAAUAUUGCCAUUUAACUUCAAAGCUUUGCCAACUAUUGGCCAUCGGCCUGACUUGGAAGAUUAUAAAGCAGUAAGAAAGAAUCCUAAUGCUGCCGUCAUUCCAGUUAAGUUUGCGUUUCUCAUCAUCGCCCAUACAUGCGAAGACUGUGUGCUGCAAUUAAUCGAUCUUGUUUACAGACCAUACUUUUUUUACGUGGUCCACGUCGACUUUCGACAAGACCAAGUCAGAAAUGAAUUGAAAAGAAAAAUAGCUUUAAUUCCAGGUUACACAAACGUUCGGGUGCUUCCAAAAGAACGAUCUUUUACGGCCACUUGGGGGUCGUAUAAUAUUUUAAGAGCAGAGUUAGAGGGAAUUGAAGAGCUAGCAAGGAUGGGCGUUUGGGAUUUCGUGAUCAAUCUCAGUGGUUCUGACUUGCCCUUUACCGAUGUUGACGAUUUGGCGGCGAUGUAUGCGUCAUACCGAACUCGGAAUUUUAUAAAUGCAAGGGAGACAUGGAAAGAACGUUCUCCCUCAAAGAAGGAUAUUUCCGUUUGGCAUGCAUGUGGUGAUCAUGUAUACAACGUUACGUCACGUGGCCCACCACCCACCUGGAGCACCCAGUUGAGUGCAUCGCAAUGGUUUAUUCUAGACAGGGGGUUCGCCACAACUGUUAUAGACCAAAAUCAUCGAUCACGUCGUUUGAAUAAAAUUCAGUUCUUUCAGCAAACCUGCAUCGUUCCCGAUGAGUCUUAUUUGUCAUCUAUGCUGUUUAACUCUGCUUUUCGAAAUACGUACGUUUUCGAUCAUUCCCGCUUAUAUCGAUUUCCAAAAUCACCUUUUGACAAAAGGGGCCUCUGCAAGCACUCUUCGGAUAUUGAUUACUGUGGCCAGAGUCCCAUAAAUAUUGCUCAGAGUAAUAUAAAACUGUUUAAGUACUAUUCCCGGAUUUAUAAUUUCGGGCGCAAACAUCCGUACAACAUUAGUCAUCCGACUCGUAAGGCAGCCAUUAACACAGUCAGAGGCAUGGAUAUGUAUCAUAUAGUUGUGGAGAAGAAAUCAGUUACUAAAGUUUUCAUUAGGUAA